AUGCGAGUUCACGAAGCAUUCCGAGACAACGAAAACAUAAGAAAUCACGAAUUAAGCCUAAUAGAUGCGCCAAUAAAUGAACCAAUUAGCGAAUCACUACACAGCACACAGAUACAACCGAGACGAAUCGAACCAAUAGACCUCACACAUACACUAGGAAUCUCACCGCUACACGAACUCACUCGCAGAACCAUCCAGCCACGAAAGAGACUAACACAACCAACAAUAGGCGCGGAUACAUUUAUGGGCAGAAACAACUUCAACCUGGGAGGAAUUCGCAACCUAAUAGACUUCGACGAACCACGAGUAUACGAUACACAAACAACACACCACACACAUAACCAACCAAUGAACACAUACAACACGAGCAUGAAUAACACACAACAGUCAACAAUACUCAUGCGAACGAUACAAACGUGGAAAAUAUCAUACGCAGGGCGAACAAACGAAAACGCAUACGAAUUCAUAGAAAACCUGAGAGAAUCACAGACAGGAUACGACAUGACGGACAGACAACAACUAGACAAUUUAACCCUGAUUUUAGACGAAGACGCGAAAAACUGGUAUCGCCUAAACCGCGCGAAAUGGCAAACACGCGCGCAAUUUGAGGGAGACUUACUAUACACAUUCCAGGACUCACAAUACAGAGUCAGACUAGAACACAAGAUGAGAAAUUACAUGCAGGGACAAUUCCAAAAAAUCACACCAUACCUAAUCGCUAUAAGACUACUCACACAACUCAUACCACCAUACCCAAUACACAAGCAACUGGACGUAGCAUACCGGAACAUGAGAAUAGAAUACAAAACGUAUAUGAAACCAUACGACUUCGCGAACUUUGACCAACUAGAAAAAGCGGCAAAAAUCAUCAUACCAAAACACAAAUACAUUCACACACACGCAAACACGAGCAGCACUAUAACCCACACCAAACAUACCACCAGCGUUAACCUACAACCUGCCAAUGAGCCGCCAAACACAGGAGAGACUACCGUACCAACACAUUUAACCACAGACAAAUACAAAGCUACAAGGAAACGAGUAAGGGAACACCUAAACAGGGUGGAGGUAGCUCCCGUGAACAACAACACUAACACACCCGACUACACAACCUACACAUUACACAAUAACACACACGACCCAAGAUUUCACGUGCGAGUGGAUAUGAUAGGCUUCGAAUUCAACGCGCUAAUAGAUACAGGCUCAUCUCACUCAUAUGCAGGCGCGGAAACCAUCAAACUAAUACACUGUGACGUGGCGGAUAUAUACGACGCACCGAACAGAACACUGAGCACAGCGAACGGUUUCAAAACACCGAUAAGCGGAGCUACAAUGCUGCCACUGCAAAUCGGCAAGGUCACAAAACUCAUACAUUUCGGCACCGUAACGACACUCGCAGAACCAUGCAUUCUCGGCGUAGACGCAUCAACAGAAUUUGGCAUGACAAUUAAUUACGAAAAAAAUACAUGGUCAAUAGCGGAGCAACCAGAAUUGAAAUACAAUAUCACACACAACCCACAGAAACUACCAACACCAAUAGAAACAACCACACGAGAACAGGGAAAACCGGAAGAAAAAAGUAAAACCAGGAAAGAAUUAUUACCUACACCGGACUUCCCACCGGACCCAAACCUGUACACACUAACGCACUCGACGCAAAAACACAUACAACCACCAGAAACACAAGCAUGCGCGGGUAAACAGGAGCUCACACAAACACAACACACACAACUACAAUCAAUAAUACACGAGAAAAUCACCACACCGCCGGGACAACUAGGCCUCACUCACUUAAUCAAACACAAAAUAGACACACAAGGACACGCACCAAUAAAACAACGAUACUACAUGGUAUCACCGAAAAUAUGGGAAGUAAUUUACGAGGAGGUAGAAAAAAUGCUGAGAGAGGACGUAAUAAAGUCCUCAAUCAGCGAAUGGUCAAGCCCAAUAGUAAUGAUCAAAAAACCGAAUAACACACAUAGAUUCUGCUUAGACUUCAGAAAAGAUAACUUGGUAUCCCGGAGAGAUGCAUACCCGUUACCACACAUGACAGCAAUAAUAGACAUAUUACGUCAAGCACAAUACAUCUCAAAAAUGGACUUAAGCCAAGCAUACUUCCAAAUACCUUCAGACGAAAACAGCAAACAUAUAACAGCAUUCACAGUACCAGGAAAAGGUUUAUUCCAAUUUAAACGAAUUCCGUACGUUCUAUCUGGCGCACCCGCGACAUGCCAAAGACUUCUCGAUAAACUAAUAGGCGCGGACGCGGAACCAUAUGCAUUAGCAUGCCUAGACGACAUCAUCAUAGUCACACAAACAUACGAGGAACACAUACACAGGCUCGCGCACAUACUGGACAGAAUAACAAAAGCAGGAUUAACAAUAAACCCAGGAAAAUGCGAAUUCGGGUGCUCGUAA